UUCCGACCGAAGCAUCUUCCUCUUUCCAUAAUCAAAGCGAAGCGAGAUGAAGUUGUCGAGAAUCUAUGGCUUUCUUGCCACCGUGUUGCUGAUUGUGUGUGGUUUGGCACGAGUCCAUGGAGCCACCAUUUCAUGCCUUAGCAGAGGCAGUCCAUGCUUCCUCAAGAAGAUGACUUGCCCUGAUGAAUGUCCCUCCAAUUCACCCAGCAAUUCUAAGGCCAAGGUCUGCUACGUCAACUGCAAUUCGCCAAUCUGCAAGCCCGAGUGCAAGAACAAGAAACCAAACUGCAAUGCUCCAGGUGCUGCAUGCUUGGACCCCAGGUUCAUCGGUGGAGACGGCAUCGUCUUCUACUUCCACGGCAAGAGCGAUGAGCAUUUCAGCUUAGUCUCUGAUCGGUAUAUUCAGAUCAAUGCCCAUUUCAUUGGCCUCCGGCCUGCCAGCCGGCCCCGAGACUACACGUGGAUCCAAGCCCUCGGAGUUCUCUCAGGCUCUGAGAGCUUUUCUAUCGAGGCCAUCCGAGCUGCCAAAUGGGACUCCGAGAUGGAUCAUCUAAGGUUCUCUUACAAUGGGAAUGAACUAACCGUGCCAGAGGUAACUCCCUCCACUUGGCAUUCCCCUGAAGGUCACUUCAGGGUAGAGAGAUCGACAAGCAAGAACAGUGUCGCGAUCACUAUCCAAGGGGUUGCGGAGAUUUCAGUCAAUGUCGUGCCUGUGACAAAAGAAGACGAUCGGAUCCAUAACUACCAAAUUCCUUCUGAUGACUGCUUUGCUCACUUGGAAGUGCAAUUCAGGUUCUUUGGCCUCUCUCCAAAGGUCGAGGGAGUGCUCGGCAGGACGUACCAGCCCAAUUUUGAGAACCAGGCAAAGCCGGGGGUCGCGAUGCCGGUCGUGGGUGGAGAGGACAGGUACAGGACUUCGUCACUCCUCUCGGCGGAUUGCGCAGCUUGCAUCUUCUCUCCACUCACGCACCUUGAUCAAAAGCGGGAUUCGAUGGGGAUGGAGCAUAGUAUUCUGGACUGCACUGGGGGUGCUACUAGUGGGAACGGCAUCAUGUGCAGGAGAUGAUUGUGGGCCUUUGAGUUUGCUUGGUCAGAAACGAUCAAUCAAGAAAAGUUUCAAUAAGCUUUAGCGAAUAACAAGGUGGUUUGGUUUCUCGUUGCCCCUGCCAAAAUUUCAAUGUUUCUGAUGUAGUUCCAGAGCUCUUCUGAGUCCGACAAGAGUUUUGUUUUUCAGUGUGUC